GUGGGCAGCUGCCAUUACCGUCCUGACGAAAGUAAACAGUUUCCAUCACACUUCUGUUACUUCAGGCUUUAGCAAGCAUUUAGCCAAGUACUGGUUAUUAGUACACCUAAAAUGGAACAACAAGUGCUGCUAGGUCUAGGCACUGGUCAACCAGAUUUCUUGGCACAUUAUAGAGCCAUAUCAAGUAAACUCAAAAAACGAUGGUUAAAGAAGCCCAACGUUGCUGAAGCUAGUGAACAGUUCCGGCAACUUGCCAAGGCUCAGGAGCAUGACUAUCCACAUUACUCGGCCUUCUCCUGCCUUGCAAUGGCCAGGUGUGAGCACACGCUGGGAAACCCUCAGGGUGAGGUGCAGGCACUAACACGUGCCGCACGAUCGUUCAUGGAUGCUGAGCGACUGCAGAAGGAGAUCGGCACACUUGGCUUCGAGGAGAACCUUGCUGCUGCAAUGAACUGCUACAGUCAUGCUAUACGGGUGCACAGUGAACACAAGCAGUUUCCACUUGCUGCUGCCCUCUGUAGGGAACUAGGAAAUGCACUUAAGGAGCUAGGGAAACCACGCGAGGCGAUCACGCACUACCAACGCGCCGCAGAGCCUUCAGAAGCAGAACCGCUCGACUGUUCUCGCGUCGCUCUGGCCUCAUGGCGGCGUGUUCCAGAUCGCGACGCCGGAGACUACGAUGGCGCCCUCGCCGUGCUCACCGAGAUGGCACAGAUCGCCGAGGACCGCGGAGGUGGCGCCGGCGGGAAGCCGAUGGGCGCGUACUCGGACAUGCUCGCGGAGUGUGAGGUGACGCGAGUGCUGCUGUUGAUGCUGCUCCGGCCGACGCCGCAGCGCACGCAACCCGCGCACUCGCGUCUGCUGGAGAAGUACGCGUGGGCGAGCGCGGAAGAUGCUGCGCCGCCGUUCCUUAGCGACGACCUCUUCCUCCUGCUGCAGUCGCUCGUGAUGGCCUGCCAAUCAAGGGAUCUCAUUGCUCUCCCACUACUACAAGCAGACCUUCAGAUGCACCUGUCCGUACAACAGAGUGGGCUACUACACAAGCUCGUAUCAGAAAUGUUGAGUCGCAGUAAGGAGUUGUUAUGAUCAAACAGUAAGUCCUCGUGGCUUGGUUGUAU